AUGCCUCUGCAAGUCCUCCUGCUUCUGAUUUUGCUGGGCUCUGACAGCAGCCUGCAGCUGCGGGAGACAUGGGAGAAUGGAACCAUUGAGGCCCCGGACCCCCUGCUUGUGCAGGGCCAGAAACAAGUGGAGGAGGACCCAGAACAGGACAUGUAUGACUAUAUUGGCACGGACCCUCCAGAAACGCUUUUUACAAAUAGACCUGGGCCUGUGUCCCUGACCUGGACAUUUCUAGCUGAGACGGCAACAUUGGGGCAGAAGGAUUCCGGAACUCCUGAACAAGCCACUCUGGUGAUAGCCAGAGGGGACUCCGUUGGCCUGGACGCAAGAGGGAUGGCCAUGGGGGAUCUGAGCACGGAAGUGGCCACGCAGGGGGUUCCCGUCACGCUGGGCCCUCUGAGCAAAGAACAGGUCACUGUGUUACUUCCCAUCACAGAGGCUUCAUCCACAGAGGGGGCUCCAUCCACAGAGCUCGCCACCAUUGAGGCCCUGUCCACGGAGCCGGCAGCCACAGAGGCACUGACCACACAACCUGCGGCCAGGGGCCCGUCAGGGGCCGACGACCACAAGGCCCUGACCACAUAUGCGAUACAGGGCCGAUCCAGGCCCGUCCACGGGCCGGCCUUCGACCUGACCACACAACCUGCGAUACAGGGCCCCGAUCUGGGGCGGGCCCGUCCAGGCCAGCGGCAGCCUGAAACCACACAAACUGCGGCUGAGGCUGAUCCGCAGGGACCAGAAGCCACGGAUGCCCUGUCCACAUCCACGGAGCCCACUGCCACAGAGGCCCUGUCCACAGAUCCCGCCACCACGAAGGUCCCAUCCACAGGUCCUGCGACCACAGGGAGCCUAACCAUGGCCCUGCUUGUGCCCUCCGAUCCUCACAACAGCACCACCGUGGCAGUAGGCAAUUCAUCUGAUGGCUUCAUCAAACAAUGGAAAAAUAAUCAGAAUCUUGCCCCCCAGAGCUCCGUGGCCCCCAGCCCCACAGAGGCUCUGGACCGCAUCCCUGUGAAGCAGUGCCUGCUGGCCAUCCUCGUCCUGGCCCUGGUGGCCACUAUCUUCCUUGUGUGCACGGUGGUGCUGGCUGUCCGCCUCUCUCGCAAGAAUCACAUGUACCCUGUGCGCAAUUAUUCCCCCACUGAGAUGGUCUGCAUCUCGUCCCUGCUGCCUGAGGGGGGCGAAGCGCCCUCGGCCACGGCCAACGGGGACCUGCCCAAUGCCAAGAGCCAGGGCCUAAAGGCGGGGCCGAGGGAGGGCCGAGAUGGGGAUGACCUCACCUUGCAGAGUUUCCUCCCUUAACCCCCACCCCUCACCCGCUCAUCCAUCUGAACAGGACCCUCGCCUCCCUGCUCCCUCCAAGGCCCGCUGGGCCACCACUGAGCACCCCGGCUCUGUUCCACGGGUCCGGGCUUCCUUGGGGCCCCUAGGGAUGGGGAUCUCUAGGACAGAGCCCCCAGGUGCCCCACAGGAAGGAGAGCAGCUGAACUCUUGCAGCCAAAGCAGGACUGUGGGCAAGCCACCGCAUCCUCCCUCCUGCCUCCGGGGGGGCCCGGGGAGAUCCCUCCACCUCCCUGUCUCCCACCUGUCUGGGCUCCCUCUGAGGCCUUCCACAGAGGCUGGAGCCUCAACCCCAAGCACCCGGUGAAGCCCCCGCCCUCACGCCCACUUUCUUCUGGUUGCCAUGGUCACCACACAGGAAAGGGGGCAUUUUGGGGGCGGGAGUGCUGGAUUCUGAAGGCCAUUCCCUGCCCCUCUCCGACUUGGGGCAGCUUGGGUUUUCUUGGGCAUCUCCCCAGGGAGCCCAGGGUGAGAUCCUGGCCCGGGAGGGCUGGGACGGGCUGAAAUGUCCCACUCCCCAGCCCACGGCCCGGGACAGCGCAGGUGCUCAAUAAAUAUUCGAUGAACUAACGGUGGCUGUUUCAGGGCGUCAAGGUGUCUCCUGCUGGGGCUUUGGUCCCUUGCUGUUCACCCCGGCCCCGGCCCGCUCCAGAAACCCCCCCAACCCCCCGGUCUGUGCCUUAAGUUUUCAGUAUUGUCUCUUGGACACCGGGGGCAUCUUGGUACAUCCUUGGGCAGCCGGGAAGGUUGUAGGCCGUUGGGGGGAUGGGGAAACUGGUCCCCGAAUCCACUUUAUUCAACUCCCCCCCACCCCAUGACCCAGUUCUGGCAUACAGAAUUUGGUUCCCGCCCCAACUCUCAGACAAACGCGUCCUCUCAACGUCAGUGCCAUCCUCCCCAGAAACUCACCCUGACCUCUCCCGGGGAGCGGGGGGUGGCCUGUCUCCCAUUUAACACCCGCUCCUCACAGGGCUGAGCACAGCUGCGGCCUACGAGGUUUUCGAACAAAAUUUGGGGCCAGCAAACUUUUUUCUUCAAUGGCCAGACCAAAAAUAUGUGACGUUCUGCAGACCGCGCGGUCCCCGUUGCAACUCGUCAGUUCCAUCCUUGGUCCUCGUAGAUUGUGUGUGGUCGUUGACGAUGUGUCACAAAUGAAUAGGGUUGGCUGCGUUCUAAUAAAACUUUAUUUACAAACAAA